CUCUGCACUCCCAGCCUCCGCCUUUCCUGUUCAGUGCCCAGGCUGAGGAGAGGGGAGCCCCGACCGCCCCUUCCAGCCUGGCCAGGGAGUGUUUCUUGUCCUGAUGAGGUGCUCCCAUGACAAACCAUUUCCCAAGACACCCCUGCUGAGGCUGAUGUAGAAAUGUGGUUCCUCCACGGGAAUGUAGAAGGACAACCACGAGGGAUCAAUAGCAUUUAAAGAUGCGGAAGGGGAGAGACUGGAUCCUGCACAGAGGGACGUGCACAAGGAUGCCAUGCUGGAGAACAACGGCAACCUAGUCUCAAAGGAGUAUCGAGCUCCCAAACCAGACAUGAUGUCCAAGUUGAAACAAAGAGAAGAGCCAUGUCUGGGGAAGAGGAAAAAACCCAGUCAAAGUCAUCUAAGUAAAAUAGCAAGACCCAAGCCAAUAAGGGCCAAUGGAAAUGAAGUCCAACAAAAUGAUGACCAGCCAGAGAAUACCCAGAAAUCUCAAAAGGAGCUCACUGAGGAAGUUACAUUCAAGAAGAAAAUUCCAACUAAGAAAAAAGGCAAUGAAGAAAGUGGUUCAUUGGUGAAAAAGAAUAAUGUGAGUAUGAAACAUGUACCUUCAAAAAAAAGACUUCUUAAAUUUGAUUCACCUGAAAAAAAUCUGAAACAGAAUUUAGAUUCACCUGGUGAGAUGAAAAGAAAUGCAAAAAAGAAACCGGAUAUAGCUAAAGAACAUGAGAAAUUGUUCAGCCAUGGCUUAUCAGAUACAAAGAAAGAAAAAAAUGAAGCUGGAAAGAAACAUGAAAAAUUAUCCAACCAUAGUUUAUCUGAUAAGUGUGACACAACUCAGACUGGCAAGAAAAGUGAGAAAUUAUGCCAUCCUAGCCCAUCUCCUACUAAGCAAGGCAAAAUCCAAACUGGAGAGAAACGUAAGAAAUCAUCCAGCCAUAGUUCAUCUACUAAGCCUGGCAAAACUGAAGCUUGUGUGAACCCCUAUGAAUGUAGUCAAUGUGGGAAAGUUCUCAGCCAUAAACAAGGACUCAUUGACCACCAGAGAAUUCAUACUGGGGAGAAGCCUUAUGAAUGUAAUGAAUGUGGGAUAGCCUUUAGCCAAAAGUCCCACCUUGUUGUACAUCAGCGAACUCACACGGGAGAAAAACCAUAUGAAUGUACUCAGUGUGGCAAAGCCCAUGGUCAUAAACAUGCCCUCACUGACCACCUAAGAAUUCAUACUGGAGAAAAGCCCUAUGAAUGUACUGAAUGUGGGAAAACCUUCAGACAUAGCUCAAACCUUAUUCAACAUGUGAGAUCUCAUACAGGUGAGAAGCCUUAUGAAUGUAAGGAAUGUGGGAAAUCCUUUAGGUAUAAUUCUUCUCUUACUGAGCAUGUGAGAACUCAUACAGGUGAAAUCCCAUAUGAAUGUAAUGAAUGUGGCAAAGCCUUUAAGUACAGCUCAUCCCUGACUAAGCAUAUGCGAAUUCAUACGGGUGAGAAACCCUUCGAAUGUAAUGAAUGUGGGAAAACUUUCAGCAAGAAGUCACACCUCCUUAUACAUCAACGAACUCAUACAAAGGAGAAACCUUACAAAUGUGAUGAAUGUGGGAAAGCCUUUGGGCAUAGUUCAUCUCUUACUUAUCAUAUGAGAACACAUACAGGUGAAAGUCCCUUUGAAUGUAGUCAGUGUGGGAAGGCCUUUAAACAAAUUGAAGGCCUUACUCAACACCAGAGAGUUCAUACUGGGGAGAAACCCUUUGAAUGCAAUGAUUGUGGCAAAGCCUUUAGCCAAAAAGCACACCUUAUUGUACAUCAGAGAACUCAUACGGGGGAGAAACCCUUUGAAUGUAAUGAAUGUGGAAAAGCCUUCAAUGCAAAAUCACAACUUGUUAUACAUCAGAGAUCCCACACUGGAGAGAAACCCUACGAAUGUAGUAAAUGUGGGAAAGCUUUCAAACAAAAUGUAUCCCUUACAAAACAUAUGAAAACUCACUCAGAAGAGAAAACUCAUGAAUCAAGUUAAUACAGGAAAAUAUUUUUGAACCUUUGUUAGCAUAUCUUAGUUGUAAGUGGGGGUUUACAGCGAUAUUCUCAUAUAUUCAUAGUGUACCCCAGUCAAGCUCACCCUCUUCAUAGGGCCUCUUGUUCUCUUCUCCCUUCUUAAAACAAUUCCAGUAAGUUUCAGUGUUUUAUUUUUAUUCAUGUAUACAAAGUACUUUGAUGAUUAACCCUUCAUAUGGGAACUUUGAUAGCUAAACUGAUGAUUUUGUUUAAUCUUAGAAAUAGUCUAAACUUGAAAAAUGUUAGAAAACAUUUCGCAAGAUACCUUGUUCUGUACAAGAGAAUUUGAGUGUGGAUCUUAUAUAGAAGUAAUGGGUGGAAAUGAGAGAUUAACUUGACAUCAUACCCCUUACAAAAAAAUACUGUUUCGUGAUUCUCAACUAUUGUAAAUGAGCUACUUGUUAAAAUUAAAACAUAUUUUUAAAAAAAUCCCUAAAAACAUAAAAAGGUUAAAACAAAGUAUCCAAAUUGUGAAUUAUGUGAAUAAUCAGGGCAAUGAAGGAAUAAGUUAACCGUGCCAACAGUUCCUAAGUUGUUUGGAUGCUGUGUACUUAUAUACCACAUAUUUGAAUGGCAUUUGCCUAUCUAGUAAUUGCCCUGUGCAAACUCAUGUGGUCAUCCCUACUGAAGAUGUUAUCAUCUAGCUCUUAAUGUGUAUCUGAGCUUAUAUACCUAUAAAAAGCUUCACAGAAGGCUUUCAUUUAUCUCAGAAUUAUUAACAGAAAAUUAAGAAAAAGUAGGAGAAAAGUGACUGAGCAUAGAAAUGUACUGGUAGGAAAUAACAUCCAAGAGAUACUGUUAGGUACUAAAAAGUAGAUUGUGAAGCCAUGUUUGUCACUGUGUAAUAAUAGGUAUGUAUGUAUUUCUGUCUCUCUUUGUGUGUGUAUGUAUGCAUAUAUAUUUAUAUACUUGUAUGUCAAUCGAUUUUCUUUUUAAAACAAUACAGAAGAAACUUAACAGUUGCUAACGAGCGAAGGAAUACAGGACUGAGGGUCUGAGAUGGGAGUGAGACCUCUUUUGUGUAUACUGCUUGAAAUUUGUAUCAUGUACUUAUAUUAGUUUCACAUUUAAAAUACCUUUUUUUGGGGUCAGUUAUGGGGCUUGAACUCAGUGGUUGGGUGCUGUCCCUGAGCUUUCAUGCUCAAGGCUAGUG